CUCUACAUCCUAGGGAUGUUUGGUAUCCUUAUCCCUGUUUCACAGAUUGGAGGUACUUUACAGGUAUCAGUAAUUAACACUGUGGACACUUCUCAUGAAGAUAUGAUUCAUGAUGCUCAAAUGGAUUAUUAUGGUACUCGAUUAGCAACCUGCUCCUCUGACAGAUCUGUAAAAAUCUUUGAUGUAAGGAAUGGAGGGCAGAUCCUCAUAGCUGACCUGAGAGGCCAUGAAGGUCCUGUGUGGCAGGUCGCUUGGGCUCACCCUAUGUAUGGAAAUAUUCUGGCCUCCUGUUCCUAUGACAGGAAAGUUAUUGUCUGGAAGGAAGAAAAUGCCACUUGGGAAAAAACAUAUGAGUACACUGGGCAUGACUCCUCAGUGAAUUCAGUCUGCUGGGCACCACAUGACUAUGGCUUGAUCCUGGCCUGCGGGAGCUCUGAUGGGGCCAUUUCCUUGUUGAGCUACACAGGCGAUGGGCAGUGGGAAGUCAAAAAGAUCAGCAAUGCACAUACUAUUGGCUGUAAUGCUGUUAGCUGGGCCCCUGCAGUUGUACCGGGAAGCCUUAUAGACCAGCCAUCUGGCCAAAAACCAAACUACAUCAAAAGAUUUGCUUCGGGUGGCUGUGACAACCUUGUCAAGAUUUGGAAAGAGGAAGAUGGCCAGUGGAAGGAAGAACAGAAGCUGGAGGCUCAUAGCGACUGGGUCCGAGAUGUAGCUUGGGCUCCCUCCAUAGGUUUGCCAACGAGUACCAUUGCCAGCUGUUCACAGGAUGGCAGAGUGUUCAUCUGGACAUGCGAUGAUGCCUCUGGAAACUCAUGGUCACCAAAAUUGCUGCACAAAUUCAAUGAUGUAGUCUGGCAUGUUAGCUGGUCUAUUACUGCAAACAUUCUUGCUGUGUCAGGAGGAGACAAUAAAGUCACUUUAUGGAAGGAAUCAGUAGAUGGACUGUGGGUGUGCAUCAGUGAUGUCAAUAAGGGCCAAGGAGCUGUGUCAGCUAUUACAGAGGGGCAGCAGAAUGAACAAUGACUGAUUCAAUAACAACCUCGUUGGAAUGCAAGGAGAGGAAUCACCUAACAUGAUUUUUUAUGACAUUUCUAGAGCCCAUUGAGAGAUGAAAAUUUGAAGACCAUCACAUAACCAUGGUAAAAGCUACAUGCAGUAUUGAUCAGCCUUAAUGUCAGUUUUCUGAAAUUGAACUGCACAGCAAAAUACUGUACCCUGUGCUAUUCCUUUCAGAUGUAUAAUCAGAACUUCCCUUCCCUGGUGUAAGCAGGUUCAAUUAGAAAGAGUGAAGUCUGACUUGUUCUUUUUGCUGGAGGACUGUGGCUGACUAAAGUGAGAACAUUACUGAUAAAUGCUGAAAUUUGAGCUGUGGCUUUUCUAUUGGAAAAGUGCUGUGACCAAGACUCGGUUACCUCUUUUCCUUCAGAGUGGGGUUGGGAGAGCUUUCAGCAUGAGCUGUGCUCUCUCACCAGUCAGGUACUUUAAAGACUUGCCAAAGUCCUUCAGAAUAAAGAGAAUCAGAUCUUGAUAUCUAGUAAACAACCUGGGGGGUGGGAUGAGGGAAAGCACAAAGUGUACAAUGGUAUUUUUGCUUUACAAUUUGCUUUUAAACUUGGUUGAAAGCUCUUAUUUAAAAAAAUUCCCAAAUCUUCUAAGCUAUUCACUUUAAACUAUUUCUUUUUAGACACUUAUGUAUUGUGCCUCAGGUGUUUUGAUUUCAAUAAAAAAUGCAAUAAAGUCCUUUUGGUUACAA